UAGAGCAUGCUCAAAAGAUUAAUGCUUUUGCUGAUAAGGGAAGGCAGUAUUCAGUAGGUGUACUUAAUUGAUGACAAAGUACACUGACAGGCUAAAACUGCUGGUUUUAACAUCAUGGGUUGUGGAGUUUUAAUUCUUUUUUGCGGUCUUUGUGUCUCUAUAGUGCUUACUGACCUCAUUAGACAGACUGACCUGGGCUUGGUUCAAGGGACAUUAGAACAAUGGGACAACAGAAGCGUGGAAUGCUAUCUUGGGAUCCCUUACGCUGCACCUCCAGUGAAUCUCCUCCGAUUCCAGCCUCCCCAGCCACAUCUUGGAUGGAAUAACACGCUGAAUGCAACUGAAUUUGGACCCAUGUGCCCUCAGGAACUUGAUCAAGUAGCUGGUAAUGAAGACUGCCUCAAGUUAAAUAUCUAUGUGCCCUGUAAAAAGGUUAAUUCGAGCAAGCUGUUGACAGUGAUGGUGUGGCUUCAUGGAGGAGCCUUUGUCUUUGGCUCUGGAAAUUACAAGGCUCAUGUGCUGGCUGACUUUGGCCAAGUUAUUGUGGUUACAAUCAAUUAUCGUUUAGGGGUGUUUGGGUUUCUUUCCACAGGAGACCAUGCAGCAAUUGGCAAUAGUGGGCUGCUUGACCAACACUUUGCUAUAUUAUGGAUAAAGACCAAUAUCAGAAAUUUUGGUGGUAACCCAGAGGCUAUUGCCAUAUUUGGACAGUCUGCAGGAGGAAGUAGUGUGGGAUUACAAUGCCUGUCACCUCUCAACACAGGGGUCUUCAAACGUGCGAUUUUACAGAGUGGGGUUGCUAUUGCACCUUGGGCAGUAAGGUUGGAUGACCCUUCCAUGUGGGCAAAGAAACUUGCCUCGAUAUUAUUUUGUCCAGUGAAUGAUAGUUUGAAGCUGAUCAGCUGCCUGCAGGAGAAACAAACAGCAGAGCUCGUGAAAGGCGCGAUAAAGUUGCGCGACUUCAAUUUUUUCUUCGGUCCGACAGUGGAUGGUGUAUUUCUUCCUAAACCACCGCGAGAACUUUCCAGAAACGUGAGCUUAGUCAACCGAUUCACCUACAUGGCUGGUGUUAACAGUCAUGAGGGAAGUUUUGCUUGGCCACAAAUAAAGAAGAUCAAAACACAAGCUGAUUUUGUUAAAUUCACAUCAAUAUUUCUCCAAGUAGCAGCUGAUAAAGUGACAACCAUGUCUGAUGCCACUUUGUGGGAAUAUAAAGAUUGGAAAGACCUUAACGACAGUUCAUUUCACCUCCAGAGGCAAGCACUGGAGGUAGUUGGUGAUGCAGGUUUCGUAGCUCCACUGGUAAAGACAAGUGAAUUCAUGGCUAAAGCUACCCAACACGUUUACAUUUAUUACUUUACUAGACACCCAAACACAUCUGAGUCCCCUGAGUGGAUAGGAGCAAGGCAUGGGGAUGAACUUGUGUUUGUAUUUGGAGUCCCGACAAUGGGAGGACCUCUUGUAGGAAAAGAAGAGCAUGAUCUGAGUCAACAAAUGAUGUCCUACUGGACAAAUUUUGCUAAAACGGGAAAUCCCAAUUUCCCCAUGAAAGUCCCAGUUAUUUGGCCGAAAUAUAACAAGAGAACAUCACAGUAUCUACAGCUGGACGUCAAUUUGUCAAAACAGAACAUAAAGAAACAUCUGAAGCCUGAACAGGUUACUUUCUGGAACCAGUAUAUCCCUAGUUUACUGAAUGUUAAAGAAUGUCCAAUUACAAAGCCCCUCUUAGAUCCACUUGUUCAGACCCAGAAUGGUCUCCUGCGUGGCAUCAGAGUUCAGCAAAAUAAUAGAAUAACAGACAUUUUCCAAGGAAUUCCUUAUGCACAGCCACCUAUUGGGGAACUUCGUUUCCAAAAGCCAAGACCAUUAAAGCCAUGGAAAGGUAUUAAGCAUGCAAGAAAAUAUGGAAAUAUUUGCAUGCAGGACCGGGUGUUUGUGAAGGAUGUCCAUGGCGAUGAGGAUUGCCUCUUCCUGAACAUAUGGAUACCUAAUGGUGUUCAAGAAGCAUUGAGGAAGAAACUAGCAGUCAUGAUUUGGAUUCAUGGAGGAGCCUUUACUGUUGGAGCAAGUCAAGGCAUUGGUUACCUGAACGAUACCUCGUAUGAUGGCAAUGAGCUGGCCCACCAUGGGAAUGUCAUCGUUGUGAGUGUCAACUAUCGCCUGGCUGCACUCGGCUUCCUCAGUACUGGGGAUAGCAAUGGAAGAGGUAACUAUGGCUUGUGGGACCAGCACAUGGCCAUAACCUGGGUGAAGAAUAAUAUUGCAAGUUUUGGAGGAAAUCCAGAGCUCAUCACUCUGUUUGGCGAAUCAGCUGGAGGUGCCUGUACAAACAUGCAUGCAUUAUCACCAGUAAGCAAAGGGCUCUUCAGACGAGCAAUUUCAGAAAGUGGUGACGCCCGGGCGAUAUGGGCUGUGAAUCGAAACCCGCUCCGCAGUGCUCGUCGAGUCGCCCAGGCUGUGGGGUGCCCGCUGGAAGAUACCGCUGCCAUGAUGUUUUGUCUCAGGCAGGUGCCUGCUAAAGAUAUCAUGUUGGUGAUUCGAGUGACAGAGCUGUUUACUGAAAACAAGAUAGUGUUUUUCAUUCCAUUCGUUCCUACAAUUGAUGGCGACUUUCUCCCUGCUGAACCAGAGAUGCUGUUUGAGAACAGUAGGGAUGUUGAUUAUUUGUUGGGCUGUAACAAUGGAGAUGGUCACUUGUUUGUGGCCACCUGGUUCCCUGGCGUGAAUAUUCCUUUUGGAAUUAGUGAGGCUAAAUUCCGAACAGCGGUGGAAAAGGGUGUGGGUUCUUUGGGAGAAGCUGCUGUGGAGUCAGCUAUAUUUGAGUACACUGACUGGGAGAAUCCAACACAGCUUUCCAGAAGGCAGGGUUUGUCACGACUGUACACUGACUUUGAAUUUUGCAGCCCAGCAUUCAACUCUGCGCAGAAGCAUGCAAUAAUUGGCAGAAAUGCCAGUCGAACAUAUGCUUACCAGUUCUCAUACCCAUCCAAGAUGUCAAAUAUAAUCUGGCCAGGGUGGGUUGGUGCCCUUCAUACAGAAGAGCUACAGUUUGUCUUUGGCAUACCAUUUUCCAAGCCAAAAUCCUACAACCAGCAGGAGAGGAAUCUGAGCCAGGCCAUGAUGACAUACUGGACCAACUUUGUGAAAACAGGAAAUCCAAACCAUCCUCAAUCAGUUCCUGUCAUCUGGCCAGAACACAGCAUUGAGAAGCAUUAUAUUGAGCUGAAUGCAAGCCUCAACCAAGGAUCUGUGGGCAGCAACCUCAGAGCAAAGCAGUUUGCAAUGUGGAAUGAGCUGAUCUCGAAGAUGGUUACCAGAAAUAUUGACUGUCUUCAGGACCAGUUCCCGCCUUUGAAUGGGACAACACCACCCUUAAACCCACCGAUUGUCACGGUUCAGCAAGGACAAGUAAAAGGUUUCAAUGUUCAAGAUUUCUUAGGAGGACACCUGCAGGUUUUUCUGAAAAUUCCUUACGCAUCCCCACCGGUUGGAGAUCUCCGAUUCAAACCCCCUGAGGAAUCAAGACCAUGGAGUGGGAUUUUGGAUGCUACAGAGUUGGGACCUGCCUGUCCACAGUCUCCGACUGAGUUACCUUUCAAAAUCAACCGUACAAGUGAAGAUUGCCUCUACCUCAAUGUCUACGCACCAGUUGGGACAGGCAACAGUUCUCGAUCUCUGCCCAUUAUGGUUUACUUUCACCAUGGCUCCCUCCAGUCUGGGGCAGCUGGGGCACAUGACAUGAAGAAUCUUGCAGCAUAUGGACAGGUUGUAGUGGUGGAGUUCAACUAUCGCCUUGGGCCUUUUGGCUUUCUCAGCACUUUGGAUGUAAAUGCUCCUGGCAAUCUUGGUUUCUUGGACAUGACCAAAGCUCUUCAGUGGAUACAACACAAUAUCCAGAACUUUGGGGGAGAUCCUAGCUCCAUCACAUUGUUUGGAUAUGGGGCUGGGGGCUUAGCGGUGAGUUAUCUGCUUUUGUCGCCUUUAUCCAGAGGCCUCUUCCACAGAGCCAUCUCCAGUAGUGGCAAUGCUUUGGUGCCAGAUUUCAUCGGAAAGCCUGGUAGCUUUGACCCUCUUGUUGCCAGCCAACAACUGGCCAAAGCAUUGGAUUGUCCAACCGAUAAUAACAUGAAGAUGGUGGAAUGUCUCCAAACAAAACCAAUGGAAUCAUUUUUUGAUGCCCCAAUGUCCAAGUCAAAGCAUGGGCCAAAGUUCCUUCCUGUUGUCGAUGGAAUUUUCUUACAAGAGCUGCCUCAGGAGUCACUCCUCAAAGGAAACUAUAUGAAAGUUCCUUAUAUUAUAGGACUUACCAACGAUGAGGCAGGAGUUCAGCUAGUCAACCUUUUAGGUAAGGAUGAUGGAAUUACAACUGAGACCUACCUUAAGCUGGUGUCGGACUAUGCCUAUAGUCAUUUUCGGUACAAUCCAUCCCAGAUUUCAGAUGUUAUCAGCUAUUCUUACAGAGACUUCACGUGCCCCGAUGACCCAGGUUCCCUCAGAAAUGGCUUCAGAGACUUGGUUCAGGACCACAAAUGGUUGACACCGAGUUACCAGUUAGCAGAUCAACACUCAAGCAGGGCAGAAACGUUUUUGUACAUUUACAGCCAUACGUCGUCCUUUUCCAAGAAUCCUCCAUGGGUUGGAGCUUCUCACUUGGAUGAUUUGCCUUACCUACUUGGAGAUCCUGUUGCCAAAAAUUCAACCCACCAAUAUAAUGAAGCAGAGAAACAACUAUCUUUCAGCCUCAUGGCUUACUGGACAAAUUUUGCACACAGCGGUAACCCAAACAGAGGACCCCACAAAAUAUCAAGCUGGCCCAACUACACAGCCACUGGCACAGAAUUCAUGAACUUCACUGCAAACGGAUCAGAUUGGAUAAGCAGAGCAUACCGCAGACAGCAGACAGCCUUUUGGAGCAAAACCGUCCUCAUGAUGCAAUCUGAAGAAUGGUGUAAUAAAGUGAGAGAGCCAUCUUCACCUGGAAACACGACUACUGCUAGACCUACCGCCACGCAGUCUACAGUACAAUGUCAAGUGGGAACACAUGAUAUUCUAUCAAUGAAGCUGACUCCUAAAGAAAUAAUCACUGCAUUCUACAUAACUUUUUCUAUCUUACUCGGUGAAGUAUUUCUGAUUUUAGGACUGGUGUACAAGUUGUGCUGGCAGCAGAAAAAGGUGAAGAAAUUACAAGAUCAAUUUGUACUGUCCAAUAGCUCUGAUGUACCUUUCAAGGCAGUAACCUAUGAAAACACCCACACUAAACUUUGAAAAUAUUUAUUUCAAACUUUAGGAAAUACAAAGCAUUUGGUAUUUUAGUUAAGUAUUUUUGAAAAAAGAUAAAAUGUGCACUGGAUGAUUUUAUCCAAAGAUAGCCACAUUGCAAAAAAUAAGAACACAAGCAGCAGUGUAACGAAUUAGGUUAUGAGCAAACAGAAAAUUUACCUUCACUGAGAACAUUCUUCAGUCACAAUGAAAAGAAAGUCCAGGAAUGAAGAUGGGUGCUUAACUAACCACAUCUAUCAACAAAUAAACAAUGGUGUAAUCUGAAGUUAAGAUUUACAAACAGGUCACACAUUAAAAUGGAAGGCACACAAUUACCAAGAGAAACAUGCAAAACUUUUUCUUAACACCAGUCAACAUUUAGUGAAGACACUGAAAAUAUUAAGUAGUAUGCUAACAAAAUGAAACUUGCCAUUCUUUGGAAGGAAGUUAAUUUCCAUAACAUUGCACAGAAAAUCACAAGUUAACUUGUUAAACUAACAUCGUAGUAUAGGAAUGUGGGGGUAAGAAAAAAUGUUGAAAUAUUUUUCAACCUGUAACUGCUUUUAUGGCUUUGUUUAAAGUUAUUUUAAACUUGGAUGAAUUAUGAGAAUGUUAAGUUCAAAUCCCCAACAUAAUACUGUCAAGAUAAAGGCUGACAGUUCACUUAGAAUUAUAAUUGAAAAUGAUAAAGUUAAGAAAUGUGAUGUUAGCAAUGCAAGUUAACUAAAUAAUGCAAUAAUUAAACAUUUGUCCAUUACAAAAUUCAGAUAAAUUGCUUUCUUAAAAAACUGUUACCUUUGACAACAAUUUGCAACUGUGGCAUGUAAACAAAGCUUUGAAAUAACUUGAGCUUCUCUUCUGUUGCCUCUUCAUUCGUAAACUACAUUUGCAUUAAUCUACAAUGUUGGUAAUGAAAUACAGUGAUCUGUAACCUGAACAGAUUUGCUCAGCACAAAGAUUGUGACUUUAAGCCUUGUUUAAACCUUUAUUAAA